AUGCUCAGAAACUAAUGUAAACAACUUUGCCAGUGCAGCCCUGGGGCAAAGCUAGAAAUGUGUACAGCUUAAUAUUAUGCUUUCCUCAUUGUUAGGGUUCUCAAGUGUUGUGAUCAUGACAUGAUACAUUUCUGUCUCCCUCGGGAUCCCUUAAUUAGCAUAUGUCACUCAUCUUAUCUGAGGAUUUGUUCUUCAUAUGACAAAUGUAGUGAUUAAAGGUACAACAGAAAUACUUCAGAGACUUACUGUUUCUCCAUGUGUUUCAUUAACAGGUAGGCAGUAUAUACCUACAUAACUGCUGUACCUUUGUUUUUUCCCUUUUUAAUUUUUUUUCUUUGUUUGUUUUGUUUGUGCUGCUAUAAUUAUUUCAGGUAGUGGAUAUAGCAUCUCAACAACUGGAUUUUUAAUUAAGAUCCUAGAUCCUCUGGUCAGGGAAUUUCAGGAGACUGAGCUUGCAUCAAAUAAAUGAAGUUUCUGAGCAUCAUGGCUACAUAGAUAUGUUUCACAAAUGACCAAGUGUAUCCUAGAAAUCCAGGUACAAAACUACAAGAGGUGAUUAUUUAAUUUAAAGGAUGUGAUUAUUUUUCUUAGUCCCAGUUUACAAUUUGGAAGCUUAAAUGCCUCUGGUCUGAUAAAGCUGUACCACCAGGAAGUUUACACAACUACAGUAACAAAGGAAAAAGUGAAUUUGUGGGGAUGGGCUGCAGGAGCUCAGAUGUGCACUAACACAGGCACCCACUUUUCAUUACAUUUCCAGAUGAACCACCAGACAAAACUUCACGGACACUCAGGGUUGGGGCUUUCUUAUUGACUGUUCUUUUGUUUUCUUGUUAUUUUGGGUGUUUUUUAAUCCCUUGUCAAAGAUGUGUUAAAAUCCAACAAAAGGCUUGUAUAGAGAAGUGAAGGAUGUGUGGGAGAAGGACAGAACAAGAUCUAUUUUCUUUGACCAAGAAGCUUCCUUUUGGCUUCUCUUUCAAUACCAAAACCACUACAAACACCUCAAGUCCUGUGCAGUCACUUCUGUAUUUCUCUACUGCUGUUGAAUAUCUUCUAAUCUCAAGUACCUUGUCAAACUGUGUAAUUCCAUAUCUAGCACACAAACAGAGAGGGUGAUGAGGAACAAAUGUAAUUAAAAUUAUAAAAAACUGUUUAACUUCAGCACCAGUUUGCAAUUCACAUGAGUUAUAGCUGACUACCAGUAUGUGGCAUUUCUUGCUAGCUCUCACUUUAUUAACCUGAAAGAUUUUUGUUAUGCCUAAAUCUUAUCCACCAACCUCUUCAGGUAUAAACAAGAAUGAUGUUGGGUGAAACAGACUCACACUCUUCUGCAAUGCAUUUGUUGGAAAUCACAUUGUAGUAGAUCUUAAAACUGAUACAAAGAUUUUAAAAUACAACACCAAAUUUCACCGAAGUUGCAGUAGUGGUGGGGGGAACAGGCUGAGGAAAUAAAAUAGCCCUUCAGGACACACUCUCAGCUUUUGUUGCCAGUGUCUAUGGUGAGGGGUUAGAAUGCAGUAUUUAUUUUUGCUGUCUCUGUGUCACUCUACCUCAUCCUAUGGUAACUGUUAUUCCAUUUUUUAACAACUUUGAAAUUAGACAGUGCAUAAGCUCAGCAUUCCUGAAGAAGGCAGAAUGAACACAGCAGAAAGCACAGACCUUGAUCCCCAGGGGCACCUGAGUAUGUCCCUGGCUGCCACUCUGAAAGUCACUGGCCUCCUCAGAGUCAGCACCUAACAGCUCACACGGACAAGCUCUGCCAGGGACAUGACUUCAGGUUUGUCCCACACAGGUUAUCCUGGUACCAGCAGGCAACACAAACAUCUGGGGUAACCCAAACCCGAGCCCAGCUGAAAACCCCAGUCUGUCCUUCCUUCCAUUUCAGAUUCCAUGGGUGUUUGGUUGCACGUUGCUGCAGCACUGCAAACACAGGGAUGAGAACAUCCCUGCUGAACUGCAGCUCCAGCAGUGCAGAGAGGACAUCCAUUGUAAAACAAGUGCAAUGCUGAACAGAAGAGGUGGGAUUUGAUUGAGAACACCAUAAAUGAGAGGCUCUGUAACAGGACAUAGGACAAAGCCCUGGAAAGAUGGCUGAGCAGUAUCCAGUAUCUGCCUGUGUUGGCCCCAAGCCAGGCAUCAUUUCUUUGUGCUUUUUUCUCUUUUGAUGAGCUUCACCCCAAAAAAAAUGGGAGAAAAGUGAUCCUUCUGGGCAGGCGGUGACAAUAACAGACUUCUCUGAGCCUGUCCCAAAAGACAAUUGUAAACUAAGGAGCAAAACAAUUGUAAACUAAGGAACAAAACAAGGCCUGAAACCUAAACAAUGCAUCUUCUCUUAGCAUUAAGCCAAUGAAAAACUGUUAAGUCUUUUAUGCCAAGUUCUGUUUUGUUCUCCAGCAAAGUACACAGGCUGUAAAUUGCUGUGACUCACUACACAACCAGCCCACAAGCUUUGUCUAUAAUCACAAAGAUCUUACCUUGUAACUUUGAGCUGACCCACUUGCCAUUGGUUCUUGGAGGAUCUCUGGGCUGUUCAUUUGAUCUUUCUCUGUUUACAAGGGUUACAGGUAAAAUCAAUGACCCACAAACUAGGAUCUGUCUGUCAGGUACUCCAGGAAGGGAUACAUGUGGGAGUAAAUUAUCAAAAUUGGGCAGAAUAGGUUUUUUCCUCUGAUUAGGCUUUUAACAGCCAUUUACAAGUGUAAUUGAUUUUUACUUCUGUCUAACUUUUCUUUUAUAAACUAGGUCUAUCUCUAGCACAUAAAGUAUAAACAUGAUACUUUAGACUUCAGCCCUUUCAUGAGUUUCUAACCUUCAAUAUAGAUAUCCUAGAAAAAUUGUGUGCAUUUUUUAAUUUACUCCUGACCUACUGUGUCUUUAACAGUCAGAUAAGGACAUGCAAAGGUUUAGAGAGCACUGCUCAGUGAAUAAAGGCAAUGUUGAGGUGGCACAGCAGAUGUUACACACCCAGCAGGGAGUUAGCUUGCUCUUUACCUUGGCUCCCAUGGUUUUGUCCAUAUUUAGAAUGAUUUAAACACAGUGGAUGAGAAGUGUCUGAGUUUUAGUAACUUACUUUGUGUUUUCAUGUCCAGUCAUAAAAUGUACAGUAUAAAUUGUAUGGAUGCCCAGUGGCAUUGAACUACUGAUUUCUUCACUCCUCCCCCUGCUCCUGAAGCAACAGUAUAAAAUCACUGUACACCUCAAACCCAACCCUCCUUAGGAAUGCUCUGGACAAGCAGAUGUAAAUUGAGUGUCUUACUGCCUCAGUAUCAGCUCAGGCUGUCAGUCCCACUGAGCUUCACGGGAGUUUUAUCAAAACAUGACAAGAUUUUAAGUGCACACACCUACAGCCAGAUCUGGCUCUCAGCAGCCCUUGUGCAAAUCCAGCAUAGCUAAUAAAGUCACGCAGGAAUAACCCUGGCAGAGUUUUGCCAACACAGAAUAAUCUCAAGUUCAAAUCCACUGCUGCUCUGUAUCCUCUGCUGCACAGCUCAAACCCUGGUCAGUUCAGGGAGUAAUUAUAUUUCAUUCUCUCAACUGUGCUCAUUUUAUUGGUGCUGCUGCUGCUCAGACACGGCAGCCUGCACAACACAACCAAGCUGCCUUGUGGUUUUAUAAAAGCGCAAAUUUAUGUUUGCUGAGCGGAUUAGGGAAGCACAUAAAAGAAAAAUAAUUUAAAAGCUGUGGGUUAUCCUAAGGUGUGUCUCUGAACUACCAGAAUUAAAACUAUUGUGGUGUUUCUCCCUUACUUUUUAGCAAAGUAUUACAUUUAUUUUUGGAAAUGCUGUAGGAAAUAUUUCUAAUUUCAUUUACUCUGUAGUGAAGAAACAAGCUUUUAUCAGGUGUGGCAGCUUCCUUUGUGGUAUGGGGUGUGACAGGAAGGUUGGGAUUUUUAAGUGUUUCUCUGGACAAAGGCAGAAAGAUUAUGGGAAAAUGGAAGCAAAGGAUGGUUCUUUUUUCCUGGUCUUUUUGAUGUCACUUGGAGUGGCUGAGAGUUACCAAGUGGAAUGGCAUGCUGCAGGGUACAAGGUACAGUUUAUGUGUGUGCAGAUAAGACGUGGCAUGACCUGAAUUUAAGCACUGUGCAUGGAAGAGAGGUCCUCAAAAGAGGGGUUCCUUUCCAUGGAACAGACACCCAUACCUUGGGUGUUGUAUUUGACAUUUAUCCGUGCAGUGGAUCUGGAUCACCACUCCCUUCAGGAGGUUGCAUAACGUUGCUGGGUUUCUUGAAGGUUUUAGAGGCAGCUGCAACAACAAAGAUUGAUCCAAGUUAAAGAGCACUGAUGUGAACUGACCGGAAAUUCAACUUCGACACCAUCUUCAUCCUGUGUUUAGACAAGAAGCUUCAGCAGUAAAACACAUUUGCCUAUCGCAGCACCCCUGCGGGGAUCUGCAGUUCCUGAUGGCCGGCGUUAACUCUAACCCUUACCUUGUCUCUUCUUCCAGCUUCACGUGGCUCUGUGGCCAGGUGCACCGCAACCUCCUCUCCAAGUUCACGGGCCAGGUUGUGGAGCUGUUUGACGAGGAGUUCCGGCACCUGUACGCGCUGUCCAAGCCCGUGCGCGGCCCCAGGACGCCGCCGCGCAGCCUCCCGUUCCUGUUCAGCCGGAGCUGGGCGCCCCCGCGCAGCCUCCCCUACAGCGAGCAGGGCAGCGCCAACACCCUGUCCGACUUCAGCAGCCUCUCGGCCGGCAGCGCCCACCAGAGCAAGCAGGCCCCCAGAACGCUCAUGUUCAACAGCAACUUCAGCCCCCAGUCACCUCUGCAGCGAGUCAAUUCCUUCCACAGCUACAUGUCCUUCACCCCCCCGCCUCCACAGCCGGCCAUCCAGCCUAACUACUACCAGCCGCACUACAUGGCCACCGAGAACGCCACCGUUCCCUAUAACAACAUGAACAUGAACAUUUACAGACCUAUAAGGCUCAGGCAAGAGGAACCGAACAGGACGGGGUUAAGCUCAUCCUGGAGAUGCCUCCACAAAGCUAACUUGUUUGCAUAAUAACCACCUUGUUUGGAAAUCCAAGUAAAUGUAGUGAGGACCUGUUUAGCAAUCACUUGUGUACUGAUGAAUAUAGAAAUUCUGUAUAAUACAAAUGAGGAUGAUUUCAAGCCUCUUGUUUUGUUGCUUAUGGAUGCUUCAUUUCCCUGAUUAAAAAGCCAAGGCUGCUAAUGUGUGAACCUCAGGUGCAUCAGGAUCCCAGGAAGAGCACAUCUGAAUAGUGCUGCUCACACACUGCUGCUGCCUGUCACCUGCCCCUGGUGGCAUAUUCGUGUACCAGAAGGACAGUGACUGUUCCUUAUGUCCAGGCAACUGAAAGGGGGCAAUACACAGUUUACAGCUAUGCAUUUUAUACACUUGAAUAAGGAGACUGAAGGCUGCUAUUUCCGUGGCAGCAGCAGGAUACCUUUGUGCUCUCAUCAGACGUUGAUCUUGAUUUAUGGGGGACUGUCUUUGGGCUGGCAGGGAAGCACAGGUCCUGCCACAGCACUCAGAGCUCUCUGCUUGAGCUGCACAGCAAGGAUGGCUGUUCCCAAGGAUUCUUAGGAAGGGGCCUGGUACCCCUGACACGGACUGAGAGUGACAGUUCUGGCUGUGGGAGACACAUUCACCCCACGUCCCGUUCCACUCAUCAGCAACACGGGUGUGUCCCAGCACACCUGGUUACAAACCUCCAAUCCUACAGCUCAGAGCAACUUUCCUUAUGCAGAGCACCUGUGAAGGUUCAGACUGGAAAAUGAAGCUGAGUUAAAGAAGCAAAGCCCUACUAGUAACACACCGGGACUGAGUUCCAGUUCUUUUAAUUGCACACGGAUCUUUGAAAUCCUUUCUGUGGUCAUCUGAUUGAAGGUGAAGUUAGAGAUUCUGCCAAGUUCUUCAUGGCGUCUAAUUUUUAAAGAUAAACUGGGUGUCUGUAGUGCCCAUGGACUAGAGUUACAAAGGUUCAGCAGUAUGAACUAAACGUGAAGAACUUUCUGCCAAAUAAUCCAUGAAAACUAAGGAAGCUCUUGUAAGCAAAAGUAAGAAAAUUCAUGAAACAAAGGAUUUCUAUCCAAAGUUAUCAAGAUGCCUAACAGCUGUUGAUUUAUCUGUAGACUUUUUUUGUUCCACACCUGCUUUGUAUUGUUUUUCAUAUGCCUCCAACAGAAAAGAGAACCCUAAACACAUUUGCACUUUUGGCCUGUUUUUCCUGACUUCUCACCUGCUUAAAAACAAUACAAUUUAAUUAUGUAGACUGUGGAUGAUGGUAACUGUAUGUGAAGAAGGUGUAGAAGGUUUUUCAUCCUUGGAAGAGCAAUAAUUUUAGAAGGAUACCUGUAAAGUUUAAAGAACAUUAUGAAAGGUACAGGAUGGACACAUCCUGCUCUAGCUUCAGUAUGGGUAUUUUAACCAGUAAUACCAAAUUUUGGAGUCCAUAAUAAUAAUAAUAAUAAUAAUAAUAAUCAACUAUUGCAUACAAAUGUAAAUUCUGUACAUAGCAACAUUUUUUGGAUUCCUUGGGGAGAUGGGAAAUUUGAUUUUCAUUCCUAUGAUAAUUCUACUUAAUUAUCUGAACAGAGCAAGAAUUUAAAUAAAAGAGAAUACUUUUUUCUUCAUAUUCUAUUGCCCUGUACACCUUACUCUAUUCUCUUUCAAAAGCUGAAUGAGUCCCAUGCAGCCAAAGCCCAGAUGAAGAAGAAACAGAAAGAAGAAGAAAUCAACAGGAACAGAAUUAAGGUGUCCAAAGAGACUAAUUAAGAUUUUCCUUCUAAAAGUGCUUCACUUCACUGGUCCUGUUGUGGCCCAGCUGGGGUGGUACAGAGGGGAUGUGGGUGGAAGUUUGUAGACCUUGAUUUCCUCAGGCCAUGACCUGUGAAGUCCAUGGAGGAGCUCUUUUCACCUCUGUGGGGCAAGACAGUUUGCCUACAAAAGUUUUGGAGAACAUAGCUAAUGAAAAGUGGGUAAGGGUCAAGCUGAUAAUCCAGAAGGACCACUGUGAGUAAAUUUCAGCUGGAUCAGGAAAACAGCUUGUGUUGGUUCAGACAACAUCUGAACUUGAACAUCAAGUGAAUGAAGUUUCAGUUUUGAUGGAAAACAGUCAGUUUACAAUGUCAGCAAUGAGUUAUGCUAAAAAUCCUAACAGGCCCCCACAAGUUAGUGAUAAAGGGCAACGUUCCUGGGCAGCUGCAGGAGCUGUCAGGAGGCCAUGGCAGGUGCUGACCUGCCCUGUCCAUCUCCAGCAAGGGAAGGGCUCCAAACUCAGCUACCACACCGUGCACCCUCCCCAGGGCUGGGGAUGACAGCAAGCUGAGUGCUGCA